UUCUGCCAAACAAGAGUUGAUCGCCACCAGACAAGCCUCGCCCCUCUCUCGAACGUAUACGAUACCCUUCUUACGAACGAUUUUUGUUGUCCUGUCGCAAAAAAAUCAGCCAUCAUGCGUUACGUUCUCGUCUCAGGCGGUGUCAUCUCUGGAGUGGGCAAGGGCAUCAUCGCCUCUUCCACGGGUCUGCUCCUCAAGACCUUGGGACUGCGCGUCACUAGCAUCAAGAUCGACCCGUACCUGUCGGUCGAUGCUGGUCUUAUGGCUCCCGCCGAGCACGGCGAAUGCUUUGUGUUGCACGAUGGCAUGGAGGUAGAUCUCGACCUGGGCAACUACGAGCGCUACCUCAACAUCCGUCUGACGGGCGAGCACAACAUCACCACCGGCAAGGUCUACAGGCAUGUCAUUGACAAGGAGCGCCGCGGCGAUUACCUUGGAAAGACGGUUCAGGUCGUGCCUCACGUCACCGAUGCGAUUCAGGACUGGAUCGAGCGUGUUGCCAAGAUCCCCACAGACGACUCUGGCGAGGAGCCCGAUGUCUGCAUUAUCGAGCUUGGAGGCACAGUCGGUGAUAUCGAGAGCAUGCCCUACGUCGAGGCAUUGACUCAAUUGCGCCACAGAGCCGGAAGCGGCAACUUCAUUCAGAUCCACGUCUCCUACGUACCCACCAUCCACGGCGAGCAGAAGACGAAGCCCACACAGCAUGCCGUGAAGACGGUUCGCAGUUACGGCCUGGUUCCUGAUAUGAUCGCCUGCCGCUGCGAGCAGCCCCUUGAGGAGGCUACGGUGAGGAAGAUUGCCCUUCUUUGCCAGGUCGACGUUCCUCAGGUCCUUGUCGUUCGCGACAUGCCCACCAUCUACCAAGUUCCUCUCCUCUUGGAGGAGCAGAACCUCAUCCCCUGGCUGCGCAAGGCCGUCAACUUGGACGCCCUGUCCAUCCCUCAGUCUCGCAUCGCCGAGGGAGCGGCACUAUGGAAGACAUGGGCCUCCGUCGUCAGCCGCCCGUACGACGGUGAGAUCAACAUCGCCCUUGUCGGCAAGUACGUCAAGUCUCAGGACGCCUACCUGUCCGUUGUCAAGGCUCUGGAGCACUCGGCGAUGCACCUGCGCAAGAAGCUCAACAUCUGCUGGGUUGAUGCCGAGCACCUCGAGAUCCAGGCCAAGUCUGCGGACCAGGCCCAGUACCACAAGGCGUGGCACGAUGUCUGCACGGCCUCCGGUAUCAUUGUUCCCGGUGGCUUCGGUACCAGAGGUACCGAGGGUAUGAUGAAGGUUUCCAAGUGGGCGCGUGAGAACGGUACCCCGUUCCUCGGUGUCUGCCUUGGUUUCCAAACCGCCAUCAUCCAGUACGCCCGCGACUUCCUCAACAUCGCUGACGCCACCUCGGAAGAAUUUGAUGCCCAGGCCGAGAACAAGGUCGUCAUCUACAUGCCCGAGAUCAGCCGCGACAAGCUCGGUGGUACCAUGCGCCUCGGCUUGCGCCCGACUGAGUUCCAGCCCGGCAGCGAGUGGUCCAAGCUGCGCGCUCUGUACGGCGAGGCCGACUCUGUGGAGGAGAGACACCGCCACCGUUACGAGGCCAACCCGGCUUACGUGGAGAAGCUCUCCGAGGCCGGCUUGAACUUCAUCGGCAAGGACGACACUGGUGAGCGCAUGGAGAUCUUCGAGCUCCAAAACCACCCCUACUUCGUCGGAACCCAGUUCCACGCAGAGUACCAGUCCAAGGUCCUCAACCCCAGCAGACCCUACCUCGGCUUCGUUGCCGCUAGCGCGGGCUGCCUUGACCGUGUGGUCAAGGAGGAGCUCGCCGCCUCCAAGCAGGCCAACGGCGUCAAGCACGUCGUUUAAGAAUCUGUUUUCUAUUUCGCAUUUUUUCUUCCGGCAUUUCUGAAAAGACGGGAUACACGACAAAGAAUGUUUAUCUCAAAGUAGACAUGACAUGGGCAGGCAAGGCAUCCGAGAAGGCAGAUGGGAUUGUUUUCUUUUUCUUUACUCAAACCACUAGAGAUUAUAUUGGGCUAUCCAGAAAUGAACCAACAAAGACAACUCAUGAAUGAACGCGCGUCUGAUUAGAUGGGGAACUUAUCUUGGGGGCAAGGCGGAUGGCAUUCUCGGCGGCGCGGGCGUUUUCUUGUUUUAAAAGAUGAUAAUGUCUGCAUCUAAGAUCAUCCUGG